AUGCGGGCGCGCGAAGUGCCAAAGAAGAGCGCUACGCUGGAAAAUAUCGUGAAUAAGUUGAAUUGCAAGAAUUUCGGGCAGUGCUACGGCGUGAUACCCGAAUCAUUUGCUGGCAACAAAUGGAUUACAAUGGGGAAGACACUGAUCAUUGGCUAUGAUGUAUGCCACCCGGAGCCGCAGUCAAAAUACGAGCGGAGACUGAAAAUACCGCCAUCUCAGCCGAGUGUUCUUGGAAUAAGUUUCAAUGGCGCUGUUUGCGCCGAGACAUUCAUUGGUGACUACGCGUAUCAAGAACCUCGGCAAGAGCGAGUGACCGGCUCCAUUCUCGAAGAGCGCAUAGGAUGGAUCUUGAACCUGUUUUGGCUGAAUCGUAACACGCUCCCCGAAACAGUGAUUAUCACCCGUGACGGGGUAUCGGAAGGACAGUUCAGAAUGGUAAUGGAAGGUGAAAUUGAGGCAUUCCGUGUCGGCAUGCGUCGCUACGCUAAAACAACUAAAGGGAUUGAGAACUAUUCGCCUCGUAUCGUCUGCAUUAUUGCGUGCAAAAGACAUAACAAGCGUUUUGCACUUGACAAUGGUCGUAUGCUCGAAAACUGCUUGCCGCUGACAGUAAUAGAUAAGGAUAUAACGCGUCCGGACACCACCGAAUUUUUCAUGCAAUCGCACAAAAUCAUAAAGGUUGUGCUUCAAAGAAUGCAGAAUGAAGUUUUCGAUGCAUCACAGUAG